AGCUUUGCUCUCUGCCGGACUUUACCCUCUCUCUCUGUCUCUCUGCCAUGAAGUGAAACUGGGCGGGAUUUGCUUUGCUCGAUGCCGACAGCCAAUUGUGAAAGACCUAAACUAAACCCUACCCUGCGGAAGUGCAAAUCGGUUUCUUCGACUCUAUUGUCUCUCCCUGGAAGAGAACGGAGCUGUCUCCAAGCCGACAGUAAUUGUCGUGUGACUGUUUCUGGGAAGCAAACGCCAGAUUUCUUUUGUUUUGUUUUGUUUAGCUGGACCCCGGGAUAAGACCCCCACACCUCAUCUGCAACGGAAACAAUGAACAUUAUUCUGGAGUUUGUUCUGUUGCUGCCCUUACUCUUGUUCUCCACCUUGGAGUCUUUCAUCAAGCUCUUCAUCCCUAAGAAGAGAAAAUCUGUCAAAGGAGAGACUGUAUUGAUCACUGGAGCCGGACAUGGGAUUGGAAGACUCACCGCCUUGGAAUUUGCCAAACUAAAGAGCCAACUGGUUCUCUGGGAUAUAAAUAAGGUGAAAGCAGAAGUUGGGGAUGUCAGCAUCUUGGUGAAUAAUGCUGGUGUAGUCUACACAUCAGAUUUGUUUGCCACUCAAGACCCUCAGAUCCAAAAGACCUUUGAAGUCAAUGUCCUGGCUCAUUUCUGGACUACCAAAGCAUUUCUCCCUGCAAUGAUGAAGAAAAAUCAUGGCCAUAUUGUCACAGUGGCUUCUGCAGCAGGUCACACCACCGUGCCUUUCUUACUGGCUUAUUGUUCAAGCAAGUUUGCUGCCGUUGGGUUUCACAAAGCACUGACACUAGAAAUUGCUGCCCUAGGAAAAAACGGGAUCAAAACAUCUUGCCUCUGUCCUAACUUCAUAAAUACAGGCUUUAUCAAAAACCCAAGCACCAGAAUUGGACCCACUUUGGAACCAGAGCAAGUGGUGGAGCAGCUGAUGAAAGGAAUCCUGACUAACCAGAAAAUGAUUUUUGUCCCAUCCUAUAUCAGUUGUUUGAUGAUCCUGGAAAAUUGGUGGCCCACACUGGAACUAGAGGAAGUUGCAAGUAAACUGCUAGAUGGGCAUGCUAAUAUGAAAAUGAUUUUCAUCCCUCAUUCUUGGAUCUCUAACAGAAAAAAGGUAGUGAAUCCUAUGUGGGGCCAGGAACCAUGUCUGAAUCAAAUAUUCUUGCACAACCCAGUCCCCACACUCAGUGCUAAGUAAAGUACUUGGCCCACAGGAAGCAUGUAAGUACAAUUAUUAUUCUUCAUCAUCACUGCCA